AUGACUUCAGCUACACCUCACACCGACUUCUUACAACAAACAAACAAUAUUAACAUUGUGUUUGUGGAUUGGUAUUGUCAGCUUUCAAUCCCGCUAAAACCGCCCGCAAUGGGGAUUCCUUCCGAGCAGUCGCAAGGCGCGGCGGCAGUAACUCUCACCGCUGGGAGCGACGUAUCGUCGAGAACAGCGAUAGCCGUGGCCAACUGGUGCAAGGCACGUGGCGGUCUCGCAGUGGACGUUGUGCAGGCCGCAGCCGAUCAGGCCGCCCCCUCCCUCGUCAGCGCGGGCAGCAGCCAGCCUGUAGCGGGCGCUACAGCCGUGUGGGCAGCUCUCGCGCUGGCGGCAGGAGGCGACUCCGCCAGCGCGCUGCUGGGGAGGGAUGGCGCUGCACGCGCUGAGGUGACCCAGUGGCUUCGCCAUCCCUGGGUUGUCGGCUCCCUGGCCUCCCUUGCCACGUCAGCAUGCCCGUCAGCAUCCACGUCAGCUGCUGUGCUGGACCCUCUCCCUCGCCUGCGUGCCCUCAACGCCUAUCUGGCUCCGCGCUCUGUGCUCGUGGGGCCAGGUGUCGCAAUCACAUUGGCUGACAUUGCAGUCUUCGGUGCUGUUCAUGAUGACGUGCUUCUAGUGACGCCGUGUGACAGGGACGAGUUGCCGCACCUGAUGCGGUGGAUCGACCUGGUGCAGCACAAGGGGCAUGUGGGGCACACCUUCUCGCACAUCACUGUCAACACUGCCAAGUUCGACCCGCCUGCACCGGCCCCUCCUCCUGCCAAACCUGCAGCGCAGCCGAUCCAGUCAUCAGGUUCGGUAGGCUCCAAGCCUGCCGCAGCAGCAGCGGGGAAGGCAGCAGCAGCGCCUGCUGAGAGUUCAACCGCAGCAGGUGCUUCUGCAGCAGCCCCAGCUGCUGCCCCUUCCACCACUGCAGCGCCACAGGGUGACGCGGCAGGGAAGGGGAAGGGCAAGGAAGAGAAGAAGGGCAAGGGGGAGGAGAAGAAGGGAGAAGCGAAGGAAGGGGCGGGUGCAGGGGGGAAGGGGGCGGACGUGAGUGUGGGCAUACUGGACAUACGAGUGGGGCAGAUCAAGAAAGUCUGGAAACACCCCAAUGCAGACGCGCUGUAUGUGGAGGAGAUAGACGUGGGCGAGGGCAGUGUGCGGCAGGUGGUCAGUGGGCUGGCCAAGUUUGUCACAGAAGAUGAGAUGAUGGGCAUGCGGGUGGUGGUGCUCACCAAUGUGAAGCCGGGGAAAGUGAGGGACGUCGUAUCGGCCGGCCUGGUGCUUUGUGCGUCCAACGAGGACCACACGGUGUGCCGCCCCGUGCAACCACCCGAGGGGGCUGCCAUCGGCGAGAAAAUAACCUUUGCUGGAGUGGACGGCAAGCCAGAGGAGGUGCUAAACCCCAAGAAGAAACUCUUUGAGAAGCUACAGCCGUUUCUGCGCACGGAUGGCGCAGGGGUGGCCAUGUUCCAGGACACGCCCAUGAUGACGUCAGCAGGGCCGUGCACAUCCACGGUUGUGAACGCAAGUGUCAAGUAG